AAUACCAAUAAUUCAAUAAGAUAAAUCAUGAAGCGUUAUUAUAUGCUAAGAAAAACUGUUUUUAAAUGUGGAAAAUAAUGUUAAUAAUUAUCUAAAUCUUAGCGAUAUUGAUUUUCCAGUAAUGGACAUUAGAUACAUUAUAAAACUAUUAAUCAUUAAAUAUAUUUCUCUCUCUCUCUCUCUCUCCCUCUCUCUCGCUUUAUCAUUGAUCAGAAUGAAAGUUAAUAUGAUUACUAUUUGCGGUAUCUUUUUUUGAGUGGAGAUAUUUGCACAAAAAUAGUAAUAAUCGAUAUAUCAAAUUUAUCUGAUAAUAUUUAGGUAAAUGGAUUUAUGAAUUUCUCAUGUUGGGUCAACCGAUUUCCAAUGAACUGAACACCAAGAUAUUGAUUGAAUAUUUGAAAGAAAUUGAAGAUAUCAAGGGAUGGGCAUUAGUAAAUUAUCCUAAUACAUAUGAACAAAUGGCAAUGUUGGAGAAAGCGUUGACCGGUCGUGAAGUACCCCCUGACCGUAAGGUUAUCAAUUUUGCGGACAUCAAUAUUGAAGAUAUCGAUCCUUCAUCACCUAGGAUCGUAUUUGAGGAAAAUGGAAUUGAUGCACUUGCCAUAUGCAGGUGCGUUUUAUUAUGUCACGUAAAAUUAUGGCUGCAUAAAUAAUGCCACAACAAUUAAUGUGAAAUUCUCUCGUAACAUAAAUUCAUUUAAUAAUUUUAUAU